UUAAAAAAAAAAAAACAGAUAAAUAUUAUUUGUCGCGAGAGUUUGGUAUGGCUCGGAAGGCUACGUAUACUUGUGUUUAGCCAAUCAGCUGUUCACAGAUGAGCAAUAUUGUUUGCUUGUACUUGUUUUCGAGGAAACCGUGUGCGAGAUUUCUUGGAAACAAAGUUUUGAACAGCUAUGAGUCGUUUUGGAGCCGUCAAAAAGAAGAAGGCAGCAGCAGAAAAAACAAAUAACGCGCCGCACAUAUAAUAGUUCGUCUCUCUGUGAGAGUUUACGCGAAUCUUAUUAUAUGUCAUACCGAUUAUAUUAGUAUUUUUUUCCAUUUUAAUAAACAGUCGCGUUUAUAACUUUUUUUUCUAUUUUUUAUAUUUAUAACACAUAAAAUCAAUUUCUGUUGCGCGCCGCGCACACAUCGUCCCGUAAGUAUAAAAAUUUAUCAAAUUAAGAUAGAUGUGUUAUAAGUGUUGCACAAGAUAUUGCGUAUAUGCAUGCACAUCAAUAGAAAUAAUUAUAAGUAGUACACAAGUACUUCGACGUUUUGCAAAAUCUCGCAAGAAAAUCUUCGCGUUCCGCGUUCAGAAAUCACAAGAAAUGACAAUAUGUUGAAUCAAUUAUUUAAGCACAAUUAACAAAUUUACAUUUUGCGAAGAAACAGUUCGUUCUUAACGAUCGCUCAAUAAUGUGGUGUAACUCACAAUAUUAUAAUUUAUGCUGAUUCGAUGUCGCGCGUUCGAUGAAUUAUAUGUCCUCCAUAUGUCGUUUUCUUCUUACGUCAGGAAAUCAUGCGUGCGACAUUAGCCAUGUUCGUUUUUGUGACGGGGUUGUUCAUCCUGACGACAGCCGAAGACAUCAGGAAUUUGCAAAGAUUUUUUACUUUGAAACCGAGAAACGUCUUUUUAAAACAUCGUACGAAGCUGAGAGACUCGUGCGGUUUUAAACCAAACCAAAUGUCCACAGCAAUCGGAUUCGGCAAGAGAUAUGUCUCAAGAUUGUUUCCGAGGAUCAUUUCGGAGGAUAUGACUCCCGAGGAAGCUCUGAUAAUAAUGAUGAAAGAAAGAUUUCAAGAAAAAUUACCAGAGGACCAUCCUUUUUUGGAAAGACUUCAUCGCCAACAGGAGAUAGCAGACAAGGAGAGAACGAAUCUAAUAGAAGAAAGGAAACUGAUGUCACAAAACAAUGAAGGCAACGAGGAACAAUCGAUGAUGAUGGGUUUUCCAUAGUUUGAAUGAAGAUUAACUGUUUUAAACUGUUUUAAACACACGACAAUGUACACUUAAAACGUCCGUCUCAAAUCAAACAUUCGUCACUUACCGACAAUCCAAUCAUCAUUUUCUCAAUUUUUUGCACACAAAACGCGCAAAACACUGCGUAUGUAAAUGUUAAGAAAUUUAUUUUCUUUCUCUGAACUGGCUGCACUGGUAGUUCGGAGUUGAUAUUUUUCUUUCCAAUAUGGAUAAGAGAAAAAAUAGACUGUAAACUAGUGCAGCCAGUGCAGGGAAAGAAAAUAAACCUAAUAAUAUACUUUUUCCUUUUUCAUUGAAAUCUUUUCAUUGAAAAUACACGUAGAACUUCACGAGAGAAGACGAACAAGGGAAACAUUUAUGUUUUUCACGUUCGCAAAACAUACAAAUUGAUAUACAAGUAUUCCUGUCGUGUAUAGUAUACGAUAAAAAUCUUUAUGUGAACGAUAAUAAGAAGUAUAUAUGUAUAUGAUCGUUACUGACUAUAAAUAUAUAUGUAUUCUUCUUUGUGA